CCCGGGCCAUACGCGUGCGCCGCCCGCUUACUGUUUCAGUGAAUGUGAUAUCGAGGAAGAAAAUCUAUUGAAAAUAUAGUUUUUUCAUUUAACUUUAGUGUUUCAAAGCUCCCAAUGUAAGCCCACGCGCGAGGAUAAGAGAGAGAGAGAGGAUACUUAUUUCAAAUCAGAUGCAGAUGAUAGACAAAGGAGUAUGUCGCGUGUGCCUCACGCAGACCGAACACAAAUGCUCCGGCUGCCAGGACGUCCACUACUGCACUCGAGAGCACCAGAAACAGGACUGGAAGCAGCACAAGCACCAGUGCGUGCCGGCCAGGGUCAAGGAGGAUGCCACCUUCGGUAGAUACCUCGAGGCGACCAGGGAGAUCAAGGCUGGAGAUAUUGUGAUGAAAGAAUCGCCACUCAUUACUGGACCUGCACAGGUGACACCACCAGUGUGCCUCGGAUGUUACAAACUCCUGGAGGAAGGAAAGACAGUAGACUGCGUCAAAUGCGGAUGGCCUUGUUGCUCUGAGGCCUGCACUUUGAAGGAUGAACACAAACCUGAAUGUUAUUACACACAACAGAGAGGAGACAAGGUAUCAAUUACGACAUUUGGCAUGCCUCACCCAAACUACCAGUGCAUAACGACCCUGCGCUGCCUGUACCAGAGAGACCACGACCAGAAACUGUGGGAGAAGCUGCAGGCUCUGCAGUCCCAUUGCGACGAGAGACGCGGGACCGACAAGUGGAACAACGACAGGAAGAUGAUCGCGGAAUUCAUUUGGAAGUUCUUCAAGCUGGACGGCAGGUUUAGCGAAGAAGAGAUCAUGAGAUGCUGUGGUAUACUGCAGAUUAACGGCCACGAGGUUCCGCUCCUGGAGCCGGAGUACGUGGCCGUGUUCGACCGGCUGUCCAUGGUGGAGCACAACUGCCGCGCCAAUUGCAACAAGAGCUUCACCUCCGAUGGCCAGAUCAUCCUAUGUGCAGGAGUCAACAUCCCCGCAGGCACUCACAUCACCGUGUGCUACACCGACCCCCUGUGGGGCACGGAGGCGCGCAGACACCACCUCGCAGACUCCAAGUUCUUCGAGUGUUCCUGCGAGCGCUGUGCUGACGUCACAGAGCUUGGCAUCAGCUACAGUGCUGUCAAGUGCAAGAAGAAAGACUGUAAAGGCUAUCUCCUUCCGCAAACGUUUAUCGUUCCCAUCUUACACAAGACCACGAACCCGGAUCCAGCCACCCGCAACCUGGACGACAAGGGUUGGGUCUGCGGGACUUGCAAGGACGUGGUGACAGACGCCAUCAUUCAGCAGCUCCUGCAGGACAUCGGGAGGGAACUGAGUGUUAUGCCCAAGGGAGAUGCCGACGCUUGUGAGAGAUUCAUUGGUCACUGCAGCAGCUACCUGCACCCGUCACACUACUACAUGACGGAUGUGAGCCUGGCUCUGGCGCAGAUGAUCGGCCAGGAGUCGGAGAUGGGGCUGGCGAAGGUCACUGACGACAGACUGCAGCUGAAGACGCAGCUGUGUAGGAAGAUUGCGGAUCUGCUGGAAACUCUGGCCCCAGCUGAGACUCGCGUCCGCGGCUCAUUGUUGUUCGAGCUGCACGCAGCGGUCGCGGAGACUGGGCGCCGACGCUCAAUGGCUGAGGGACCCACCGCUCUGCUGGGAUAUGUCUCGGAGUCCCGCAAGAUCCUGAUGCAGUCCGCCAGCCUGCUGCGCCACGAGCCCCCGGAGCUGCCCGAGGGCCGGCUGCUGCAGCAGGCCAAGCUAAACUUGCUGCAGAUGGACGAGCUCAUUGGAACUCUCUCCAUGGCGCUACCUUCCCCCUUGUAAAUAAAAUUUUGAUCAAU